AUGUUCAAGAGAGGUGUCGGUGCCGUUUCCUACGUUAUGCGUGAUAGUAUACAGAAAGAGAUUGACGACCUGGAAGAAUACUUGUUCAGUGACAACAAAGCAGAGGUGAAAGGCUGGUGGCGUGAGAUCAAGAGUGCACAGAAAUGGUUAUACGUCAUGUAUCCCGUGGGAUUCGACACCAGCAAGAUUGACCCUAAGUACUGGGGCUCACCUGAUGAUCCCAACAUGACCUGUUCACGGAUGAGACUAUUGGAAAUCCAGAGAAACUUGUUCAAGUUGAUCUUCAAGGCCAAUACACAGGACGACGAACUACAAGCCAAGGUGUUCACGGCAGUACAAAAGGCAGUGCAAGAGAUUAAGGAAUUCGAGGCGGGGGCUGCAGAUAGCAAUAACCAAGCAGACAACAACAGUCAAUACAGCGAGGCAUAG